CUGCGUUGUUGUGUUUCCGUGUUUCUCCAGUGUCGAUCACUUCAUGGUUUCUUCGUGUUGAGGAGAGUUUUUGGGAUUUUUAUUUUGCCGAAAGGAAGAAUUCAGAGCUCAAAUAGAAACAUUCAACAUUCUUCUGCUGUACGAACCUCCAAGUCGUCUCCGAUAUGGAUGAAUCGCGAGUAUUUUUGUCGAUGUUGGGCUUCCUGCUGAUUUGUGUCGCACUCAGUGUUUCUGAAGCAGUAACAACUGCAAAUCCAAUUUUAAUUAUACCUACAGCUCAUCCACCUGUUCACAAACCAUGCAACACUCAGACUUCCUGUGAGACGUGCCUCGCCAAUGUUUCGUGUUUGUGGUGCCAGAUGAACGGCAGCUGCAUGGAUUAUCCGGUGUCGUAUGUGAUUCCUCCGGCGUCGGUGUGUAAACUCUCUCAGGCGCGCUGGGGUGUUUGCUGGGUGAACUUUGAAGCUCUGAUCAUAGCGAUGGCCGCGGUUUGCGGGACGCUGCUGCUGGCCAUCACCAUCUGCUGCUGCUGGUGCUGCUGCUGUAAACGCAGACGCUCGUCCAGUAUUGACCGUGAUGAUGAGCAGUUUGCCCGGAGAAGAGAAGAGAUCAGACAGCGAGCAGAUGAACGGAGGGCGGAGAGGAAGGUGAAACAUGAUGAAAUCCGCAGGAAGUACGGUCUCAUCACAGAAUCUGAUCACCCGUACAGCAAGUUCGAGAACGAGUAGAAGUGACGGAUCGGACAUCCAGCCGCAAAAGAAUCACUUCACCACAUGCUUUGCUCUUUUGAGACGCGUCGGAUCAUUUUCGUUUGAAUGGAGCUGGAUGAGAGCUGAUACUGAGAUUACCUACUCAGUCCUUUCAUUGGUAGAAAUCUCUCUUUGAUAGUUUCUCUUUUCUUAAUUACUCAAACACAACAACAGUACACUGCAAAAAAUAAUGCUGUUCCUCUGUAUUUCUGUCUUGAUUUCCAGAACGAAUAUCUAAACAUUCUUAAAUUGAGAUCGAAAAAUAAGACAAGAUGCUAAGUCUAGUUUUUUUGGAGAAUGUAUCAAAAUGAAGUGGUUUUAGGCUUAAAAUGUGAAUCUGGAUUUAAGAUUGACUAAAUAUUUGUACUGGAAAACAAGGCAAAAAUGCUGAGGAAGAAAAAGAUUUUUUGCACAUUUUAAUUGCUUUAGAUCAAACUGAUGGAAAUGGCCAAAAUGGCUGUUAGAAUGUGAUUAUUAUUUUGUUUUCUUUGUUUUCUUAUAGAGACUUUGAGAACUAGUUUAUGCAAAAUGUAAAAUCUGUCAUGAUUUAUUCGCCUUCAUGUUGCUCUAAUAUGCACAAUAACAGUUUAUACUUACCAGGACAUGCAAAAGAUGAUAAGAUGGACAAUAAAUACACCAUACCUGUAGUCUAUAUGAUGUGCAUGCUAUAUUUCUAUUGAGUCUCAUGAAGCUUUCUUUGAGAAACAGACCUGACAAACAUGAAGAGCCAAAAACAUGGUGCAAUAUAUGCAAAACAAGAUUUCAGAGCUUCAGUGGUGGAGAAGAUGAUGGAGAAGUGUCAAAUCACUUUAGAAAUAUAGCAUAUGCAUUAUAUAUGAACUACUGUUUUGAUGCAUAUGAUGCAUUCAGAUGAUGCAUUUUAUUUUACUGUAUAAAAUGCAUCAUAUGGACUGCUGUUUUGAUGGAUUUAUGGAUUCAGAUGAUGCAUUUUAUUUUAUUUUAUAAAAUGCAUUGUAUGGACUACUGUUAUGAUGCAUUAAUGGAUUUUGUCACUUUGAACUGUUGUUGCAUGAAGAUGCAAAGAUUCUACUUUGCGUUGCAUGUAAAAAAAAAUAACAUCAUAUGUGUUUAAAAUGACAUGAAGGUGUCUGACGAUGACCAAUUUCAGCUUUUCAGUGAAUUAAUCCACUUUUUUGAUUAAGUUGUGAUUGCAAACUCAGCAUCUUUUUAAAUCACUCCGGCUUCUUUGAAUGACUUAGCCAUUUGUAUUUAUACUGUGUGUUUUUAAUAAAACAUGUCCUAAUAAAAACAAGCUUCCACUUUUAAAGAAA